UAAUCAUCCCAACUUCUUUCAUAAAUUCUUAUAAACUUUAAAAUCUUCCAAUUUUGUAAAUUUAACGUACGUAGCUAUGAAGAGACAAAGAGAUGUUGAAGGUUUAGAAAACAUAAACCUAUCAAAUUGUCUAAUGAUGCUUUCUUAUCCCCAACAUCAACAACAACAAAGAAAUAAACCACAUCAAAAAAGUUAUGGACCAGUAGAAUAUGAGUGCAAAACAUGCAACAAAAAAUUCUCAUCCUUUCAAGCCCUAGGUGGGCACAGUGCAAGCCAUAAAAGAUCAAAGCUAGAAGGUGGUGAAUUCAUGAAAACGAUUGCUUUAUCUUUGAGUUUAGGAAAUAAACCUAAAGUGCAUGAAUGUUCCAUUUGUGGACAAGAGUUUUCGUUAGGGCAAGCACUAGGUGGACACAUGAGAAGGCAUAAAGCUUUGAGCAACCAAGAGUUUUCUUCAAUAGAAAAGGUUGUGAAAUUACCAGUGUUGCAGAGAUUGAGUAGUGCUAGGGCUUUGUGCUUGGACUUGAAUUUGACACCGUUGGAGAAUGAUUUGAAGUUGUUGUUUGGAAAGAUGGCUCCGAAUCUUGAUGUUUUGGUCUGAUUUUUUUUAUGAAUUUUUUUGUAUUUAAUUUGUCUGUUCUAUAUCUUUACGGUGAUAUAUAUUCUUUCAAUUUUUAAGAAGAAUUUAGUUUUAGUAACAUAA